AUGGCUAAUAGGGGUUGCACAUUUCAGCAGUUCACUCAGGCAAACCCACCAGCAUUUGCAGGUGGACCGAACCCGAUCGUAGCCGAAGAUUGGAUUCAGGAAAUAGAGGAGCUGUUGGGGGUGUUAGAGUGUACUGAGGAGCAAAAGGUGAAGUAUGCCACUUACAAACUAGUGGGGGAAGCAAAGAGAUGGUGGCGAUCGGCGAAAAUGGUGGAAGAGCAGCGCCCAGAACCGGAGGUUGUCACUUGGAGCCGGUUCAAGGAGGUAUUCUUCGACAGGUAUUUCCCCGCUGUCACCCGCGCAGCUAAGGUUGAAGAAUUCCUACAGCUGACUCAGGGGCCCAUGACUGUGCGGCAGUAUGCGGUCAAGUUUGUGGAGUUGUCCCGUUUUGCUCCACGCAUGGUUCCGAAUGAGCCGCUGAAGGCACGGAUGUUUGAAAGGGGACUAAGACAGAGUAUACGCGCAUAA